GAUGCUAAAUUGAAUCUCGGAUCACAUAACAGUAAAGUCCAACAAGUCCAAGGUCACACGUGACCUAAUUAGGUAGCGCGUGACUCUAAAAUCAUCAAGCACUAAUCAACUAGUCGGUAGAACUGAUUUGAAGCCCGUUUUUCACUGGAAAGACCCGAUGCAUCGAACAACAUUCGUAAUAUUUCAAAGGAGAUAUUAACAUUCAAAGGUUAAAUUUUGCGUUGUUUGUGACUCAAAGGAACGGAGUACGAUUUUUUUUCCAAAAUGCGAAAUUUACCAACCAUUCUUGUCUUGGUUAACGCGGCACGAGCAAUUAAUUCGGCGCACGACAGAAAUAUCCGAACUGUCCUCCUUGCGUACAGCCGACGCCAAUGAAUUCUGCUGGAUUAAUUCGCAAAAAAAAAAAAAUCUGCUGGGUUAUUUCUUAUUUGUCAUCACGCAAUUGGUCUGCUAUCUGGGGCUCUCGGCAUCUAAACCCUCCCGGGGCCGCUAAUCAAACCCGCCGCCGCACCUGCCGUCUCCGCCCAAUCCCUAGCCCCGGCCUCCUGGGGACGACGCCAUGUACGCCGCCGCUGUGUUGGCAGCGGCCUCUGCGGCAUGCGUCGUCGCGGCGCAGUCCCCGGAGCCGCGCGACAACGCGACGAUCGCCGACGUGAUGAGCAUCUCUGUCUUCAUGGCCGUAUUCUUCCCCGUCUUCGUCGUGCUUCUCGCCUUCGCCUGCCUCCGCCUGUUCCGGGCCCCCGACGACGACCCUCAGGCUCCGGACGCGGCGGCGUCGGCAACGGAGUGGCCCCGCGGCGGCGGGGGCAGCCGCAAGGGAGGGCUCGACGCCGCCGCGAUCGCCGCGCUGCCGCUGGUGUUCUUCCGGGAGGUGAGGCAGCACCGGAUCGUGGACGGGCGCGGCGACGACGCGCUCGAGUGCUCCGUCUGCCUCCUCGAGUUCGACGACGACGACGCGCUCCGCCUCCUCCCGACGUGCCCGCACGCGUUCCACCCGGAGUGCAUCGGCCUCUGGCUCGAGAGGCACGCCACCUGCCCGCUGUGCCGCGCCAGCGUCCUCGACGCGCCACCACCACCACCAGCUCCGGCAGCGGCGCAGCACCAGACGGCGCCACCGCCGCUGCUAACGCCGGACUCGUCGCCCGUUCCCGCGGCUAUCGUGCUAAUCGGCGACGCCGCCGGCGCAAGCGCAAGCGCUGAAGGGGAUGAAGAGGAUUGGACAACGAUCCAGCGCCUCGCGAGGAACCGCCGCGCGGCGGGGCGGCAGGCGCUGCCGCGGUCCAACUCGACGGGCCACAGCGCCAGCGACGACGGCGGGAUGGAGCGGUUCGCGCUGCGGCUCCCCGAGCACGUGCGCCUCGAGCUGCUCAUGUCGCACAGGCUGAGGCACGUGACGAGCGCGGUGGCGUCCGUGCGCGUCAUGGAGGGCAGCGCCCACGACGCCAGCAGUGUGGUGGGCGGGAGCGUCAGGAGCGCCAUGGCGAGGCUGCUGUCGUCGCUCUUUGCGCCGGGCGCCGGGUGGAAGGGCGAUGGCGACGAUAAGUCCGGCAAGGCGGACGCCACCGCUGGGGCGUCGUCUCUCCGCCGCCGCGACAACUCGUCCAGAGGAGCAGUGGGAGAAGAGAAGAGAAGCGUCUGAUCGGCAAAAGGCAGGGGGAGAGAAAACCUUGGUGAAGCACCAAAUAAGUACUCUGUGAUCUCAAUUCGAUUCCAAACUUCUGAUGAUUCCAUCUGUCUGUUUUCAGUAGAGAUGCUUCUUCUUGGAUUGAAGCUUCAGAGUGUAGCUUGAGGAUGCAGUGUUGCGGAUUUUGAUCAUUUUCUUUUGACCCCAUUUUUGUGAGAUUGUGAGAACAUGUGGGAACGGGGUAAACAUGUGAGCGAAUAUCCCACUGAUUUGGCAGAGUACUUGAGCCGAUGUAGGUUGAUAAUGCAGUGUUGCAGAAUUUUGUUCA